AAGUGAUCCGUGAUAUAAACAGCUGUCUGUAGUUUUGUGCGCAAAGUAGAGUUUGAAUUUCACGUGUAUUUAGGAAGUUUAGGAAGGUCUUUUGCUAUCAUGUCGUACGCUAAUGACGAUUAUGUAGAGAGUUAUGACAUGUAUGGAUAUAAUGGUGCAUUGGACUAUGAUAACCACCCAGGGGAACCCCAUACAGACUCCGAUUAUGAUCGGCAGAGCUAUAAUCUUCCUGAGACGGUGAAGAAGUUCUUGACAUACUUCCGGAAUUGCAUCAGUGAAGGCUUAAUAUUUGAAAUCCAGAAUUUGUACGAGAGCUCGUUUCCAAAGCUGACAGAACAGUAUUUUGAGAAGAAGCCGUGGCCUGAGGAAUCAGAGGUUGCACAUUUGGUGGACAAUGAUCAGGUGUUCUUAAUCCUCUAUAAAGAAUUAUACUUCCGGCACAUAUAUGCUCGUGUGUCUGGUUGCCCAACCUUUGAACAAAGGUUCAAUUCAUUCUACAAUUACUGUGACUUGUUCAACUACAUACUGAGUGCUGAUCAGCCAGUUCCAUUGGAGUUACCAGAUCAGUGGUUGUGGGAAUUGGUAGAUGAGUUUGUGUACCAGUUCCAGUCUUUUACACAGUUUCGUGCCCGUAUUCAGAAGAAAACUCCGGAAGAACUAGAAAACCUCCAUAAGCAGAGUAAGGUGUGGAAUGUGCUGUGCGUUCUGAAUGUUCUCCACUCCUUGAUUGACAAGUCCAACAUUAAACGUCAACUGGAAGUAUAUGCUAGUGGUGGUGAUCCUGAUUCUGUAGCAGGAGAUUUUGGACGACAUUCUUUGUACAAGAUGCUCGGUUACUUCAGUCUGGUGGGACUCUUGAGACUCCAUUCCCUUCUUUGUGACUACUAUCAGGCCAUAAAAGUGUUGGAAAAUAUUGAACUGAACAAGAAGAGUCAGUAUUCUCAUGUGCCAGCAUGCCAGAUAUCAACAUCCUAUUAUGUUGGAUUUGCAUACAUGAUGAUGAGAAGGUAUUCAGAUGCAAUUCGAACUUUCAGUUCCAUUUUGUUGUACAUCCAGCGUACAAAGCAGCUCUUCCAGAGUCGCACAUACCAGAAUGAUCAGAUUAACAAGCAGACUGAGCAGAUGUAUCAUCUGUUAGCAAUUUGCUUAGUCCUUCAUCCUCAGUGCAUUGAUGAGUCAAUACAUCAAGUGUUACGAGAGAAGAACUACCAUGAGAAAAUGUACAAGAUGCAAUAUGGGGAACUCAGUGAGUUUGAGUCAUGUUUCCUCUUUGCUUGUCCAAAAUUUCUGUCACCUACCCCACCACCACUAGAUGCUGAUGCAGAUUAUGAUUAUGUAAAGGAAGCCAUCAGACAUCAGGCUGAAGUCUUCAUGGAUGAAGUCCGCCAGCAGAAGAUGCUGCCUACAAUCAGAAGUUACUUGAAGCUGUAUACAACACUGCCGUUGUCAAAACUAGCCACAUUUAUGGGUCCAGGCCCAAGUCAAGAUGAGAAUAGGGAUUUGAAGAAAGAGAUUGACGCAUUGAUCAUCCAUCUUCUGUGUUUCAAGCACAAGAUGAAAAAUGUUGUAUGGACAAAGGGAACAUCAGGGCUUGAAGGGAAGUUCCAGUCUGGAUCUGAGUUGGAUUUCUACAUUGACCAUGAAAUGAUCCAUAUAGCAGAUACAAAGGUGGCUCAUCGUUAUGGUGACUUUUUUAUUCGGAAGAUUCUGAAGUUUGAGGACUUGAAUCGUAAACUCCACAUGAUCAAGAUCUAAAUGUGACACAGAAAGAGCUGCUGAAAUGUUUGAGGUUCAAGAAAAUAUGUUUUUAAUGUAGUAGUAUGAUGCAUAAGAAGUUCUCAUGUUUAAUCUUUUGCUUUAUAAUACAGUUCUGUUCUUGCAUUUCAUAAGCUCUUGCCUUUUUACGCAUGAUGUUGCGAUGUUUGGAUGUGCUGGAAAGUGCUACUGUAAUUCAAUAGAAUGCAAUGAAGUUACACAUAUUUCUGUUUUGAAUACUGAAUUGAGGAAAACAUUAAAUGGAAGGAAUUAACACACAGUUGGGAUAAAAGGUUUUCUGUACUUCAGAUAUGGAGGUCAUACAUUAAAGGUCAUAUAAAUGGAAACUUUGAAUCA